UUAUGAGAAAAACCAAUUGACUUUUACAGAGGGGAAACAAAGCGUCUAUUAUAUGGUGUACCGUAGAUUCAGCGACAAGCGGAGAGAAAAAAAAUGGCCGGUUUCUCUGUAGCAUGCGUUCUGUCCCUUCUCCUCUCUCUCUUUGUGACCUUCCAUGGCUCUAUCGCUUCUGAGUCCCGCGUUCUAUCACAGUUAAACAAGGCAAAGGGAUACUACUUGACCGAUGAAGAGCACUGGUUCAACCAAACCAUUGAUCACUUCUCUCCAACUGAUCACAGAGUCUUUGAGCAGCGAUACUAUGAAUAUCUUGAUUAUUUUCGGGUUCCUGAUGGGCCGAUCUUUUUGAUGAUUUGUGGCGAGUCUACAUGUAAUGGCAUAGUGAAUGACUAUUCCGCGGUCCUGGCAAAGAAAUUUGGUGCUGCUUUGAUUUCUCUCGAGCAUCGUUACUAUGGGAAAAGUUCUCCUUUCAAUGUGUUAACAACAGAAAACUUAAGAUUUCUUUCUUCAAAGCAGGCUCUUUUUGACUUGGCAGUUUUCCGUCAGUAUUAUCAGGAUUCUUUGAAUGUGAAGUGGAAUCGUUCGAAUAUUGAAAAUCCCUGGUUUGUUUUUGGUGUCUCAUACUCAGGAGCAUUGAGUGCUUGGUUUCGUUUAAAGUUUCCGCAUUUGACAUGUGGAAGCCUUGCAAGUUCUGGUGUUGUUCUUUCUAUCUUCAACUUCACAGAAUUUGACAAGCAGGUUGGGGUUUCGGCUGGCCCUGAUUGUAAAGGUGCAUUACAAGAAAUUACUCGACUAGUGGAGCAACGUCUUCUAGACAAUGAAAUAGCUGUUAAGUCCUUGUUUGGUGCAGAGAAGCUUGAAAGGAAUGAUGAUUUUUUAUACUUGCUUGCAGAUGCUGCUGUUACAGCGUUUCAGUAUGGCAAUCCAGAUCAACUAUGUGUCCCUCUUGUUGAUGCAAAGAAAUCAGGAAAAGAUUUGGUGGAUGCAUAUGCGAGCUAUGUGAAAAAAUAUUAUAUUAAUACUCCUGGGCAGCUUGAAACUUAUGAUCGACGAUAUUUGGGGAACACAACACUUAGUUCAGAUAGUGGUAGUCGUUUGUGGUGGUACCAGGUUUGCACAGAGGUUGCUUAUUUUCAGGUGGCACCAUCAAAUGAUAGCAUCAGAUCUUCAAAGCUUGAUGCAAGAUACCAUUUGGACCUUUGCAGAGAUGUAUUUGGUGAAGAUCUAUAUCCUGAUGUUUAUUUAACUAACAUUUACUAUGGGGGAACACGAAUUGCGGCAUCCAAAAUAAUCUUCACAAAUGGUUCUCAAGAUCCAUGGCGCCAUGCAUCCAAGCAGAUAUCAUCUCCAGAUAUGCCUUCAUGCAUUAUUUCAUGUCAUAAUUGCGGCCAUGGAAGUGACAUGAGAGGAUGCCCCCAGUCUCCUUUGAACCUUGAAGGUGAUGCCCAAAAUUGCACAUCCCCUGAAGCAGUUCACAAAGUGAGACAUCAAAUUAUAGAAUAUAUGGACUUGUGGCUCUCGCAAUGCCAUGAUACAGGUCGGAGUUCCAUAUAGUUAGUAUUAAGGCUGUGGGAUCUUGAAACAAAUUUUGCCUUUGUUCAAUAAAUUAUUGUGCUAUGGACUCUUCUGAGUUGUAUUAUUUUCUUCACGUAUAUACUAGCUGAUUGUAGGUUUUUAUACUUCAACAGAUGCAUAAUAUAGCAUUUACAAAAAGGAUCAGGAAUAACAGAAGGUGAUUGUCAUGUGCUUUCCCUGUUCUAUCAAAUGGCAAACUUGUGUGCUUUGUGUAAA